UGGUAUGAGGUGUUGUGAAUUGUGAUUGCAAAUACCAAUACAAAAUUCUAAAAUUAUGAUUGAAUUUAGUUACUUCAGAAGGAAAGUUUUAAUUUAAUAUUAUGCCCGGUAAUAGAAAAAUAUGUCGAGCGUGUCUGGUUGCAAUAGAUACUUUCAAAUAUUAUUUAUUUGAUAAUGUUUCGCCCGAUGUUUAUUGGUUUUGUACUAAUAUUGAGGUGCUCAAAGACGAGAAUCUACCAAAAUCAAUAUGUAACACCUGUUUUGAUCUUAUAACAAAGUUUUCAGAAUUUAAAAAGACUUGUCUACAAUCGCAGAAUCAUUUACUUAACUAUUAUUCUGUUAUACCAGAAAAUAAAAAGCUUGAUUGGCUUAAUAAUGAACCUAGUGCAAUAAAUACACAGAAAGAUGUUUUAAUUAAAUUUGAAGAAGAAUAUAAAAAUGUUACAGUCAAAGAUGAAGUAGAAUACAAUGAUGAUUUCACCACAGUUGAGAUACCUAUUGAGUUAGAUGACAAAAUUAAGAAAAAGAAAACACAUAAAAGUGUGCAAGUAAAAGGAGCUAAAGGGAAGAGAAAAUUGAAAAGUGAAAGAUUUGAGGCUCGCAAAUUAGCUCGUAACACAAAAAUAGUUUCCCUAAAAUGUGCGCCCUGCAACAAAACCUUUGCGACGUGGAGCGGUUUGAAGCGUCACCACGCGAACUGCCACGUGCGCAUCAGUCUGGCCAGUGUCAAGUGUCGCACGUGCGGCAAAAUAGCGAAGACUCGAGAAUCGUUGCGAGUGCACGAGAAGUCACACGGCGAGAGGAAUAUGUAUAUUUGCAAUGUCUGCGGCAAGGCUUGUACUACGAGUGGUGGUUUACAGGCGCAUCUAGAAACUCACAAAGAGAACAGAGAACGCCACUACGCAUGCGAGCAUUGCGAGAAAAAGUUCUACACCAAAAGGAUAUUACUAUCGCACGUGCAUCGGUGUCACACAGGCAAGCAAUACAUUUGCCAGAUAUGCAGCUACCCGUUUACGGACAAAUACAACUUGGCCCAGCAUUUGUUGAACCACGACGGCAAAGGUCGGGCGUAUAAAUGUGACGUUUGCAACAAGUCCUACACUUCCAAAUCGGCGUUAAUGGAGCAUCAGAGGUCGCAUUCCGGGGAGCGUCCGUUCGUGUGUAAAUAUUGUUCGAAGAGCUUCAUCUCUAAAAAGCGACUGACAGAACACCACCGCACUCAUACUGGCGAGAAACCGCACAAGUGUCCAGUUUGUCAACACGGUUUCGCUCAACGGGGCACUAUGAAUCGCCAUAUGAAAGUUCACGAUAGAACCGUUCCUAUAAUAAACUCAAGCAUGCCUUGAGAGAGAGAGAUAGCAAUACAUUAGUAACAAUGCCAUGGGUGCAAUUUCAUUGGUUGAAAUCACUGGCCUAUAUUUAUUUACUAUUAUCAUUGGAUAGCUUGUUGUCACUUUGUUUUUGACUUUUGGCGCUGUACGCUGUCGAGUUGUAAUACGAGUGUCCAAGGAACUAAAAUUUAAAUUUAGAAAAAUACUAUGCAGUAGUUCCUGAGACUCGUAUGUCACAUUUGGCGCUUCAAACGAGGACAAAUUAAGCUGUCAUAUAUGGAGCAACAAAGAAUACAUUCUGAGGAGAGUCCGUUUCUGUGUGAAUAUUGUUUGAAGAGCUUCAUCACUAAGAAAAGACUGACAGAACACUUUUACAUACUGAACAGUUUUGCUCAACAGGCACUUUGACUCAGCAUAUUAAUGUUAACGAUACAAGAUAGAGAGAGCAAAACAGUAGGUUAUCUUGUAGGGUACAAUUUUAUCACAGUCAAUCUAUUAUAUUAUAUGAUAAUUAUUUAAUAAAAAAUUCGGAUUACUAAAGACACUACUUCAGAGUACUCCAUAUGUCAACGGGGACAAGAUUUUAGCUGUCAUUCGUAUAAGGUCAGCCGGUCCAGUAAAAUUAAAAGAGUAGGAUGGAACCAUUCGGACGAAAAUACAAUGACAUAUAUGAAUUAAUUUUGACCAAUUAGUUUGUAUAUACUAACUUUUAAAUAAAUACAAAACCUCGAAAUAUAA